UCAGCCGCCGCGGGACCCAACCCUUCUUCUCUCCGCGCUUCUUCCUGCCCGAGCCCUCGGGGCCCGAACGAGGCCGCUGCCUCCCCGUCCCCUCCUCUUCCCUCCCCGCUGGGAGAACAACAACAACACAAGGCGCGGCGCGGGCCUUGCCUCCGCCUCCGUGUGGGAGCGCGGGAGGCGUCGCCUGGGCUCCGCGGCAGGGAAGCCGCCCUCCGGUUUGCCAGGCGCUGCAGCCGGCCGCCCCGGCGUGGGAGGAAGGCGGGCAGCACGCUUAGGCUCGGCUCGGGCCCUCCGCCGGUGCCUUGGUUCCCGAGUCCCUUCGGCCUAGUCGCCUCUUUCUUCCCCGCAGCCAUGAGGAAGCUCUGCCUGGUCACGACGGGCGUCCUCGCCAUGACCUUCCUGAUCGUCAGCAUCUCCCUCCUCGUGGCGCGCGUCCUGCAGAAAGUGGUGGACCUCCAGGUCAAGCAGGAAAUGGUGUUAAGGAACGGUACAGAGGUUUUUCAGAUGUGGGAGGAACCUUCCCCACCGGUCUAUAUGCAGUUUUAUUUUUUUAACUUGACCAAUCCUUUCGAAGUUCUUAAUGGUGAAUCGCCUUUAGUGAAGGAAAUUGGACCAUACACAUACAGGGAAUACAGACCCCGAGUUGAUGUCCACAUUCUAGACAAUGAUACAGAAGUGUCCUCUCUUAACCCAAAGACUUACUUCUUUGAACGGGAGAUGUCGGUGGGGGACCCAGAGGUUGAUCUGAUCAGGACUGUGAAUGUCCCUGCUGUGUACGCCAUGGACCUGGCUUCAGAAACCCCACUACAUUUUCCUGCAGAGAUUCUGCUCUUCUUGUACAAUGAAGAUAUGUUCACAACACACUCGGUACAUGAGCUCUUGUGGGGCUACACAGACAGACUUCUCAACGCUUUGCACAAAUUCCGUCCUGAUAUCGACUCAGAAUUUGGCUAUUAUAAAAAGAUGAAUGGAAGUGAUGAUGGCGAGUACAUCGUGCUGAGUGGCGCAAGGAACUACCUGGACUUCACAAGGAUUAUUAAAUGGAGAGGAAAAGAAUCACUAAACUGGUGGACAUCGCCAACAAGUAACAUGAUCAAUGGAACCGAUGGUUCUACCUUCCACCCGUUGAUAGACAAAGAUGAAACCAUCUACGUCUUUUCCUCAGAUUUCUGCAGGUCUUUGUACCUAAACUUUGAGAAGUAUGUGACAGUGGAGGGGAUCCCAGCCUACCGCUUUGUGCCUCCCAAGAAAUUCUAUGCCAAUGCUUCUGUUAACCCAGACAACGCUGGGUUUUGUGUGCCAGCCGGAAACUGCCCAGGAGCAGGACUCCUGAAUAUCAGUGGCUGCAAAGAAGGGGCACCUAUAUUUUUAUCUCCUCCACAUUUCUACGAGUCAGAUGAGAGGUAUGUUAAGGACAUUGAUGGCAUGCAUCCAAAGAAGGAGGAUCACGAGACAUUUCUGGAUCUUAACCCAUUGACAGGGACACUCGUACAAGCAGCCAAACGAAUGCAAAUCAAUGUUUAUGUUAAAAAACUACCAGAUUUUGUCCAAACGGGCAACAUCAGAACAAUGUAUUUCCCUGUAAUGUAUGUAAAUGAGAGCGUUACACUGGACAAAGCGUCUGCACAGAAACUGAAGGCGAUUCUUCUCGAAUCCUCUGCAAUCGCCAAUAUUCCUUUUAUCAUCAUGGUGCUAGGAAUUAUUUUUGGAGUCGUAUUUGUUGGGCUUGCCUGCAAACCCUUGCGACCGGGGGAGGAGGAGAGAGACGUGUUAGUAGAUGCAGAGUAAGGGCAUCUCAGCAAAGUUCUACUGCUGGCUUGAGACGGAGGGGUUCUGAAGAUGAGAGAGCCCCACUCAUCCGGACAUCUUGACUGCAUCUCUCUAGCGACACAGCUUCUUAGAAAUGUGCUGAGGGGUGACUGGACUAUGCAAACUGCUCUUAACCAAAACACUACCCAACAAGCUCAGCUGACUCACAAAAUCACACUACUAUAUGCUCUUCUUUAUUGGCAGAAUUCAGGAAAGAGAUUGCAAUUUGGGACUGUUGCACUGAAUGUGGAAGUGGAAACAUGACUGCUUUCUUCUAACAAAAAGACUUGUUUUAAAGACAAUUUCCCAUUGUCUUCAACAAGCGCAGAAUGCAGUGUUUUAAUGUACUUGUAAAGCAGUGGGGCUUUUCCACUGAUUUAACCAUAGAGAUAGUUAUGGUCUUUUCUAGGUCAGUUGGGUUUGCUUGCACGAAAGGCCGUAAGAGCACAUGUCAGUCACAAUGACCCUUUUUAAUUUUUUUAGGAUUACGUAAUAUGGGCCUGUCCUUCUGUACUCUUUACUUCUAACUGGGUACAGUGUCUCUGGUGUAUUCAACAUUUUAUGUUUCCCCUUUUGAAAGCAACAGAGGUGGAUUCCAGUUUCUCCCCCAAGGAUUAUUACACUUAGACCCUUUGCUAAUUUUCCACUACCUUUUCCACAACAACAAUCCAAAUUCAUUAUUGUGUGGCACAGUGUGAGACAGGUCAGAGAGGAGAGGUCGGCAUGGGGAGUUGGAGGCACCGGAAGCAAAAGCAUCUGGUGAAAGACCCACAACCCUUAACUGCUCAAUUAAAUGUGGCAGCUUGCCUCUUUGGCCACGCCCCUUCCCUUUAGCCCCACCCCCUCCAGGAAUGCAGUCCCCGGACUGCUGGCAAAUCUGAAAGAUUACUCACUGAGAUGACUCACUCCUAAUCUAACAUCUUAGUAUGUACAUGUUAGAAAAGAAAAGGAUCCUAUUACGGGGUUCCAGUACUGGACAGAAUAAGUGGGAAUCCAGUCUUCUAGAUCAGAUCCGCUUAUAUUUACUAACUUGACCAGGAAAGGCCAUAGGGAAACAAACCUGUACCUUCAUUAACAAUUAUGUGUAUCUGCUUUGAAAGGUCCAGCUCACACUUUGAUGGGUAUAGGGGUUACUCAGUAAAGAGUGAAAGCUGCAAGUGUAUCCACGGCUUCCCAUUUCUCAUGCCAGAUGUGCUGCUUCCAAUAUUGCUUGAAUUCAUCUGCUGCCUGUUUCCCAUAUUUUCUUCAUCACCAACCCUUCCCAUCUCACUGGAAAAGUCACGAUCAGUAGAAGUUGCACUUGGAGAGUUUUCUCCACGUCUGUUUUAGAGUGGUUGGUUAAUUUCUAUUGUUUUAAAUCUACAAAAUAUUCAUCAAGAAUGAUCGCUUAACUUAAUUUCAGAAGGGGUGCGUGUGUGUACAGGGCCAUUGAAUGGAUUGUAAGAAAUGGCUUGGUUGGAUGGGAUCAAAGAAGAAGCUACUGCCCUUUUCUGUUUCCACAAGUGUUCUGUGUGUUUAGCAGUAGCUGUGCUGUCCAGGAAAGUGGUUAUCUGAAAAACAAAAAUCCCCACACUCUGUUUACGUUCAUCUUCUUAAAGUGGAGGUUCUAUUUAGGUAGCACAGUCAUCAUUACUUACUUGUAAAUAUAUAUUCCAGAAAUUGUUCUAAGCUAUUUUUAAGUUGCAAAAGCCUGUGGCUUUCAAGAUAUUGUGGUGAUGGAUUCAGUAUAUUAAAUACAAUUAAAUACAUUACAUUUCUAUGGGAAGACCUUAAUAUCUUCUAAACUAGGUUCUGCUCAGUCCCCAUAUCUCUAGAUAAGAGAAAGGUGUUUCCCUCAAUGCUCAGACAUGGAUGGAACAAUGCUUGGCAGGGAGGCUGCACCUGUACAGAGAGAUGCAACAUGAUUUACUUCGUUGGAUGUUUCUGCAGAUUAAUUACCUGGUAACAUCAGAAAAUUAAUACCUUAGUAUUGACAUUGUUUAGAUUUUUAACAAUGAUGUCACAGUAACGUUUAAAAAUAACUAGACUGUAGCAGGGAGACUGUUUGCAUUAAUGGCCAAAAUCAAACUGCUGCUAAUUAACAAGUCCCCGCUUGGAUUUCUCAGCGCACACCAAUUGGGCUGCUUAGUCCACAACCAGGCAUCCAGAUGGGGACUCGUUAACUAGCAGCUCCAGGUUAUGCCAUUUCCCUUCCGCUGGCAUAGCUACACAACAGGAUUUUGGUUAAUAUCUAUAUUUACAAGUACAAAGUUAUGAAAAGUAAAUUGAAACAAAAAAAUUGAAAUAUUAUUACCGAUAAAUGUACCUCUUUUCGUAGGAUAUUGGUAAAGUACCUUCUAGUAUUUUAUACAAUCUGAACCGACAAUAGCAAAAGAAUCCAGAACAAAAACAAAAAACAAAAAAAAGGGCAACAGGGGGAGAAAAGAAAAAAAGCCUUUGAUGCUAUCUAGCAGUUCUGUUUCCAGGUAUAAAAACGAUCAGAUAGAGUAAGUUUCUGGGCUGCUUUUAUCUAGUAUGGGAGAAGUGGGGAAUGUGUUACCUCCAGAUGUUGGGCUGCCUGACUCUUAGCAAUCCUCAGUAUUGGUUGUGCUGCCCUAGAGAUGAGGAGAGAAGGGUCGCAGAUUCUCCAUUUCUGCUAGACAGGAUGAUUCUUGCCUAGGGCAGUAGUGAUGGCUGGCCAGAGCAGAGAGGUGGAACACAGUACCAACCCCUUUACUUUCUGAAGAGGAGAUACAGGAAAACUGAUCUGAGCCCUCAGAAAGGUUCCCCUAGCAUGUAAUUUUGUUGUUUGCAUUUCAUCAUGUGACUCAGCGGUGCAGAGAACGUAGACCUGGAUCUACUGGGGGAUCUCAGGGUGAUUUGCAAUAAGUCUGCAGGGAUUUUUUGAUCCUUGGUGGUUUAACAACAGUAAAAAGAUGACUUUUCCCAUCUUAAGUUAGAUUGCCGAGGGGAAGAAACCUUGAAGCAAAAGCCAGGAGUGGGACUGUGAGCCCAGUUUAUUUCAGGUACGGAGGAUAAUUCGGUAGAGCGCAGAACCUUCUCUGAGGGACCAGGUUCUUUCCUUCUGAAUGUGUAUGUUUUCGGUGAAGCUCAGGGUUCCUUGCAGUGGUUCCCAACCUUGGGUAGCUCAGGUGUUCUUGGACUGCAACUCCUAUGUAGAAGCCUUCACCAUCAAUUGUGCUGGCCGGGGUUUCUGGGACUUGCAAUAGAAGAACAACUGGGAGCCACUGGUCUAAUGCAACAAGAGACAAAUAAGUAAAUCUGGUGACCCCCGAGGUAAACAAUAAGCUGAGCAAGCUGCUUGCUGUGGGCUCCUGCAGAGUUGGCUGAAGAGCCGAAAUGAUGGCUUUAGGACCUGUUCACCCGUUGUUAUUCUCUCUCCCCUUUUCCUAGCAUUUCUUUCUGUUUUGAUCUGGAGAUGAGAAGUUAACAUCUGUAAGCGCUUAAUUCUGCUAAUAGUGCUGUGAAAUUCUUUCAGAGCCAUUGCCGUUGCCACUACGAAUCUGCUAUUUCCAGUAUUAUUUUUGAGGAACUUAUAUGACUUCCAAAAGCCGCAGCAAUGCAGUGGAUCAAGUAUUGAACUAAGACUAAGAGUACCCAGGUUCAAAUCCUCGCUCAGGGAGUGGUGGCCUUGGUAGACCACUCUGUCUAGCUUGCCAUAAACCAGAAGCUGCUUGAACAGCGCAUACAUACACAAUUGACUUCUAGAUUCCUUUUGGAGGGAGUAGGGUUUAAAUUUGUAAACCGCUUCAUGACAUGGUGCGGGCAGCACUGGUUUAGCUGGUUGGAUGUCGAACCGCAAGCUCCGAGGUGCAAGCUGCAGUCGGUUAACGCUGGACUGGUUCUGCCACUUCCUCCUAGACUUCGUUUGGUCUACGUAAGGGGUUUGCAUGUGCUCUAGAAAGAAAAGAAUGUUUCUAAUACAAUACUUACUUCGUUGUUCAAAGAGCUGUUUGCACGGAUAACUUUUCUAAUCUUUACUAUAAGAAGAUCAUUUUUCAGUUCUGUAUUGCAGUAGUAGCUUUCCUAAGACUAACGGGUGUGAACUUGGCAAAGACGCUCUAUUAAGGGCAUUAUAAUAUAAAAAAGGGAAGUGUAUUAUUAAAUGGCAAUUAACUAUUUAAAAAAUGUCAUUUGUUUAAUGGAAGGAAACAGUCCUGGGUCAAUCAGGGUAGCUCUUCUGGAGUUGAAAGAAUGUAGGUGUGUUUUUCGCACGUAACACUUAAAUAUAUAUAUAACAAAUGAAACAGGCUGUGUCAGAUCACUGAACGUUGUCCUUUAAUGUGGAAUAUCAAAAUUAAACUGCUUUUUUGUUGUAAUUUC